GACAAUAGAACCACUAGUCAACAGACCACCCACCCACUACAAUUUAUAUAGAGAUAUUAAAGUAGACUCAAUUCCCAAAUCCAUGGCAGAUUACAAGCCUAACGCUACUCCUCCCAUGGCGGCCGGCUAUCGGACCAAUGCUCCUCCGGCGUCAAUGCCCGGAUUGCAACCUCAAGCACCUUCUCAAUGGUCCACCGGCCUCUGUGAUUGCCCCGACGAUUGGGGCAACUGUUGCCUGACUUUCUUUUGUCCCUGCAUCACCUUCGGCCGGAUUGCAGAGAUAGUGGACCGCGGAUCAACAUCGUGUGGAACGGGCGGCGCGUUGUACGCGUUGGUGGCGCUGGUGACGGGAUGCCCGUGCUUAUACUCGUGUGUUUAUCGGUCGAAAUUGCGCGCGCUGUAUGAGCUUCCAGAAAGCCCCUGCAAUGAUUGUCUUGUGCACUGCUGUUGCGAAGCCUGUGCUCUCUGCCAAGCUUAUCGUGAGCUCCAGAACCGUGGAUUCAACAUGUCCUUGGGAUGGCAAGGCAACAUGGAUAGAAUACAGGGUGUUGGAAUGGUACAGCCACCGCCAGUGCAAGGCGGCAUGAUGCGUUGAUGAACCAAAUUCAUCUCCUAUUUUAAUGGAGAUUUUCAUGUCCGAGUGAUUCUUGUUUUAUCCUGCAGCAACUUUUCAGUUCUCCGCGCCUUCAAUCCACAAUUUACAUGUCAAUUAGAGCCAGGGAAGGAAAGAGAACUUUUGUUGCUGUGUGUAAAAGUAUUUGUUUGUAUCUCGUUUUCCGAAAAAAAUAGUAUAUCAUGUUUAUAAUUCUUUAGUAGAAAUGGUUUGCAGGUCAAAGAAGAGAUUUUUAAAACAGUUAUU